AUGGGAUUUUUGGAGAGAUCUUUAUGGAGCUGGAGAAUUAUUGAACGAGAUGAUGGUUAAUGGAAUUGAUUUCGAUGAAGGAACACGAGAUAUUGUAAGUGAUAUUGCAUUGGAGAUAUUUGAUGAGGAUGGGAAAUUAACAUCAGGAUGGGAACUCGAACAGGAAGGACAAGUUUACAAAAAAAUAUCGGAAGCUUUUAAAAUUAUUUCAAAGAAAAUUAAGGAAGAAUCUCAUACUAAUAGAAGAAAGGAAUAA